AGCAGAACGGGCUUGCAGCAACAGGAGAGGAUUUUCAGGACAGUGCAGUAAGGUUUUUUUUUUUAUUUUGUUUUUUUUUUUUAGGUGCCAAGCAGGUUUGGGGAGGCUUAGCCUCCCCAAGCCUUACUGAAAAUCUGCCUAUGACUGUUACUAUUUAGUGGGCAGGUUGGGGGCUGUUUGGCCCUUUGUGUAUUUUAAAUUUCUGGGCCUAUUUGGCCUUUUUUGAAUCCCAGUCCACACCUGUCUUCAACUCUAAACCAUUGCCAGUGUCGGACUGGGAUGCACCUGGAAAAAUUUUGGUGGGCCCCGGCCCUAGUGAACCCUGGGGGCCCAGACCCAAACCCCCCAGGGCGCUGCUGCUAUCUGCUGGUCUCCCUCUUCUGGCGUGCCGCAGGGCAGACAGACAAUCGGACUGUCUGAAAGCAACAAUGGAUGAGACAAAGCCCAGAAAACGCAAAGGACUGCAGAAUGGGGACGCAGACCAGAAAUCUAUCCAAAGCCAAGAAUCCAACACCAUGAAUCUAAAGAAACAGGUUGGUCUAAUCAGUGGAAUAAGUCUUAUUGUUGGAACCAUCAUUGGCUCAGGCAUCUUCAUUUCCCCUAAAUCCGUCCUUUCCAACACAGGAGCAAUAGGACCGUGCUUGAUUAUAUGGGCAGUCUGUGGAGUCAUCGCUACAUUGGGUGCCCUGUGCUUUGCUGAGCUUGGCACGAUGAUAACAAAGUCUGGAGGAGAGUAUCCCUACCUCAUGGAAGCAUUUGGGCCAAUCCCAGCUUUCCUUUUCUCAUGGUCUAGCCUUAUUGUGAUGAAACCAUCCUCAUUUGCUAUAAUAUGUCUCAGCUUUGCAGAGUAUGUGUCAGCCGCAUUUUACCCUGGCUGUGAUCCCCCGGUGGUUGUUGUUAAGUGUCUGGCUGCUGCUGUCAUCUUGACAAUCACACUGGUGAAUGCGCUCAGCGUAAAGCUGGCAAGUUAUGUUCAGAAUUUCUUCACCGCAGCAAAGAUGAUUAUUGUUAUAAUCAUUAUUGUAAGUGGCAUCGUUCUGCUGGCACAAGGGAAAACCCAGAACUUUGAAAAUAGUUUUGAAGGUGCUACAAUCUCCGUCGGGGGCAUCAGUUUGGCUUUGUAUAAUGGCCUGUGGGCAUAUGAUGGAUGGAACCAGCUUAAUUAUAUCACAGAGGAGCUUAAAAAUCCAUACAGAAAUCUCCCCAUGGCUAUAAUUAUUGGAAUCCCUCUCGUCAUUGUUUGCUACAUUUUGAUCAACAUUUCUUACUUCACUGUCUUGACACCCACAGAGCUUCUCCAGUCUCAAGCUGUAGCAGUGACAUUUGGGGAUCGAGUUCUGUACCCUGCAGCCUGGGUGGUUCCAUUGUUUGUAGCAUUUUCAACUAUUGGAGCAGCCAACGGCACAUGUUUUACUUCUGGAAGACUUGCCUAUGUUGCUGGACGUGAGGGCCACAUGUUGAAGUUUUUGUCCUAUAUCAGCGUCAAGCGUUUAACUCCAUCUCCUGCAAUUGUCUUCUAUGGCAUUAUUGGUAUGAUUUACAUUAUUCCAGCUGACAUUGACACCCUUAUUAACUACUUCAGCUUUGCUGUUUGGCUGUUUUAUGGUUUAACCAUUGCUGCACUUGUUGUCAUGAGAUUCACCAGGAAAGAACUGAAACGACCUAUCAAGGUUCCAAUAGUAAUCCCUAUUGUCAUGGUUUUAAUCUCCAUUUAUCUGGUUUUGGCACCUAUCAUCGACAAGCCUGAAUUAGCUUACCUGUAUUGUGUGCUAUUUAUACUAAGUGGUCUGAUAGUGUAUUUCCCAUUCGUGCAUUACAAAGUCAAAUGGGCGCAAAAAAUAACAAGGCCAAUAACUAUGUUUAUCCAGAUGUUGAUGGAAGUGGUUCCCCCUGAAGAAACAAAAGAAUAAGUGUGCUACCAAAAAGGGACAAUAAACAAAUGUGACCAUGGACUGAAAACAUUUAUUUAAUUCAAUUCUGCGGGGUGCAAUUGCCCCAUUUUUGUACAUAUUGUAAAUUUAUUAUUAUCUUCAUUCGCCUUUUAAGGAAAUGAACUUUCAAGUGUACUUUUCAGGUAUUAAGUAGCAGAUUUUAUGAAGAUUUGCAGAUUUGUGAUGUAUUUGUUCUAUGGAAUAGAAUGGAGUGUGGAUACAGUAUAUGGCGACUGAGCAGAAGACUACCCUAGCAGCAUGCUGUAGAAGAAUAAUGAUAUGGAAACAAUGUUUUUUUUAGAAAGCUGGGAAUUUGGAACAACAUCCCCACUGAUAUAAGCACCAUGGGACCGCCCUGGGAUACUUCAAAUACAAAAAAACCCUUUCCAGUCAUAUUUUUAAGAAAAAGUAUAAGUAAUGUAUGAAUAAUGAACCACUUCCUUUAUAAUGCCAAGUCCACACUGAUUCUGUUAUUUCUACGAGUUCCCUCUACCCCUAAACAAAAUUAUAAUACCAAAAUAAACAUGACAAAUACACCUAUUAUUAUUGGUGAACAUUUAUUCUGAAAAAAAAUGAAAGAUCACAUAGGAAUAAGCUAAUCAUUUGAAAACAAUUUGUUUGAAUUAAGAGUAUUGCAAUAUGUACAGUUAGGUCUAUAAAUAUUUGGACAGACAACUUUUUUCUAAUUUGGUUCUGUACAUUACCACAAUGAAUUUUAAAUGGAACAAAUCAGAUGUAGUUGAAGUGCAGACUUUCAGAUUUAAUUCACUGGGGUGAGCAAAAUGAUUGCAUAAAAAUAUGUUGUGUUUUUUUAACAAAAUCCCUUCAUUUCAGGGGCUCAAAAGUAAUUGGAUAAAUUAAAUAACUGGAAAUAAAAAGUUAAUUUUUAAUACUUGGUUGAAAACCCUUUGCUGGCAAUGACAGCCUGAAGUCUUGAACUCAUGAAUAUCACCAGAUGCUGGGUUUCCUCCUUUUUAAUGCUCUGCCAGGCCUUUACUGCAGCGGCUUUCAGUUGCUGUUUGGUUGUGGGCCUUUCUGUCUGAAGUUUAGUCUUCAACAAGUGAAAUGCAUGCUCAGUUGGGUUAAGAUCAGAUGACUGACUUGGCCAUUCAAUAAUUUUUCAUUUCUUUGCUUUAAUAAACUCCUGGGUUGCUUUGG